AUUUGUUAACAUCACUAGAUUGUACUUUUCAACAAAAAUAAUCAAUACGAUUAUUAUCAAUUAAAAUCAACUUUAAAUAAUAUAUAUUUCUUGUUGUCCACACACAACAAAUACAAAGAUGUCGACACGUCGCCAGGCAAUUACAUUGUAUCGGAAUUUGUUGCGUGAAUCCGAGAAGCUGCCCUCCUACAACUUUAGAAUGUAUGCGCUACGUAAGAUACGCGACACAUUUCGGGCCAAUAGGAUGGUAAAUGAUUUCAAGGAAAUCGAUCGGCAUAUGGCAAAUGCCAAGCAAAGUUUGGAGUUGAUUCGUCGACAGGUAAUUAUCGGUCAUCUUUACACAACGGAUAAGCUGGUUAUCGAGCAAACAAAGACGCUGCGGCCAUCAGACGACUAAAAAGUUGCAUCUCUAUCAUCCACUCAAACACACACAUACAAAGGCAAAUGGCACCUGGACAAUAGCCGGCGCGGGCGGCCUAAAACUCGAAAGACUCGUUAAAUUUGAAUGUUGCUUUUUGCUGUUUUUGUUAUGUUCAUGUUAGUUGCCGCCGAAAAAAACCAAAUCAAAUCAAUCACUGAAGAUUGUAGAGAAAAAAAACACCAGUUUAAUAAUAUAUUAAUUACAAUGAAAUUAUAUACGUGUACAUAUACUUUAA